AACAUGAUCAAAUUCCUUCUUUUUUCACUAUCAUUUUCCCAUGUCUUCUCCAUUGUUGCAUCCCAAGCUCUUCCCUCGUACUCGGGUCGCAAUGGCGAAUGGCAGCUCUUACAUGAAAGUGUGGGUAUAUCCGCCAUGCAUAUGCAACUCCUACAUAAUAACAAGGUCAUCAUCUUUGACCGAACCGAUUUCGGCCCUUCCAAUCUUUCACUCCCCAACGGUAUUUGCCGAGUCGAUAGCUCCGAUACCAUGCUUCAAACUGAUUGCACGGCUCACUCAAUCCUCUAUGAUAUUGUCACCAAUGGAUUUCGUCCCUUGAUGAUUCAAACCGAUACUUGGUGCUCAUCUGGUGCAGUUCUCCCCAACGGAACUCUCGUUCAAACCGGUGGAUACAAUGACGGAGAGCGAAAUAUUCGAAGCUUCACGCCUUGUAGCGACGACGAGUACUGCAAUUGGAUCGAGUUCCCACAGUCUUUAAUACAACGAAGAUGGUAUGCUUCGAAUCAAGUUUUACCCGAUGGUCGAAUUAUAAUUGUCGGUGGAAGACGACAGUUCAAUUAUGAAUUUUACCCUUCGAGUUGGAAUGGUGUUAUUUUUCUGGAUUUCUUGAUGGAGACUAACGAUCAAGGCUUGGAGAAUAAUUUGUAUCCAUUUUUGCACCUUUUACCAGAUGGUAACUUGUUUAUUUUCGCUAAUACGAGAUCGAUAUUGUUGGAUUAUAAUCAAAACAUGGUUUUAAAAGAGUUUCCUAAGAUCCCUGGUGACGAUCCUAGGAAUUAUCCGAGCUCUGGGUCAUCUAUUUUGCUUCCUUUAGAUGAAAAUGACGCCAUUAUUGAACCUGAAAUCAUGGUGUGUGGUGGUGCACCAAGGGACUCAUUUAUUCAAGCCAUGCAAGGGAACUUCAUACGUGCAAUAUCAACUUGUGGGAGGCUCAAGGUUUCGGUUCCAAACCCUAGUUGGAACAUGGAAGACAUGCCGAUGGCUAGAGUCAUGGGCGACAUGAUACUUUUGCCGACCGGGGACGUGCUUAUAAUCAAUGGCGCGGAAUUGGGUACUGCUGGAUGGGAACUAGGUCGUGGUCCGGUCACUAGGCCGAUAAUUUACCGCCCGUCGGAUGAUGUGUCGAAUUGGCGUUUCUCAGUAAUGUCACCAUCUCCAAGGCCAAGAAUGUACCAUUCAUCAGCCAUAUUAUUAACCGAUGGACGGAUUCUCGUAAGCGGCAGCAAUCCUCACGUAUAUUACAACUUCACAAACGUCGAAUACCCUACAGAUUUAAGCAUGGAAUCCUUUUCCCCGCCAUAUUUGUCCCCGGAAUAUGAUCCAAUAAGGCCUCGGAUUUUAUCUGCAGAUGAGAAAAUGGGUUAUGGGGGAAAGCUCUUUUGGCUAAGUUUUCAAGUACAAGCUUAUUUAACAGCUAAUGUUUUGUCGGUGACUAUUGUUGCACCGUCCUUUGCAACCCAUUCUUUCUCGAUGAAUCAAAGGAUGGUGUUGUUGAAGAUUGCCGGUGUUACUGAUAUUGCACCUUCUACGUAUAAUUUAGUCGUCGCUGGACCAUCGACGGCUGAGAUUGCUCCACCGGGAUACUAUAUGAUGUUUGUGGUGCAUGCUCAUGUACCAAGUUAUGGGAGGUGGGUGAAGAUAGGGUGA